UCUGAGGGACAGUGAACUGGCCCCCUGUUUAAAAGUUUGAGGACCCCUGGCUGCUUGGCGCCGCCGCCUCCUGUCCCGCCGGGGCGCUAGCCGCCAGCGCUCCGGAGCCUGAACCACCCGCACCGCCGGGACCAGGAUCAUGGACGUUUCUGUAACCUCCCGCUUCCCUGUCUCUGAGCGAGAGGUGGAGGCUGUCAGCCUACAGAGGGGGCAAAAAUGAAAAAGAGUCUCAAAUGGACGUGCAAAGCUUGUGGAGAGAAGCAGUCAUUUUUACGGGCUUACGGUGAGGGCUCUGGUGCUGACUGUAGGCGUCACGUCCAAAAAUUAAACCUGCUGCAGGGCCAGCUCUCGGAGGUGUCACCCAGGUCUCUGCAAGAACCCAUAAAUGCUGACGAGGAAAAUGCAGGUCCUGCGCAGGCUGAGCAUGUGCGUCUGCAGGACCACGCUGGCCCGGCAGGCAAGGCCCCAGAAGGAAGCAGUCGUGAGGACGGGGACGCCCGGCAGCUCGCUGGCCCUGGGAGGGAACCACUACGUCCUGCCCAGCAGGUCAGGGCCACGUCUAAGUGGGAACGAUUUCUUCUGCCACUUGGAAGCUCACAUGGGGACACAGAGCCCCCGACACCCCUGCAGAGGGACCCCAGGCCAGCUGGGGCAGCACAGGCUGAGCAGGGGUCCCCCAGGGCUCAAACUGCCAAAGACGGGGGCCUCAGCAGGACACCCAGUCCGCCCCAGCUUCCUUGGGCCACACACACUCCUACGUCUAGGCCCAGGAGGCCCUUUGGGGAGACCCCCGAGCAGUGGGGUACAGGCCCUCAGGCAGAGGGUGGGCUCUUGGUCAAAGGGGCAGAGCAGGCCCGACCCGUGCGACUGUGUGACCUCUUCAACACCGGCGAGGACUUUGAUGAUGUCCUGUGAGCGGAGACCAGUAUGUCAUGCACAUGUGUUAGGUACCUGAGCCCUCCUCCCCUAGACCCGUCACUGCAAACAGGGUUCCCCGAGGGGCUUUUCAUUAGGGCUGAGGAGGACUUAUGGGAACUAAGAACCGACAAUAAACAAGACUUUCAAGCGGA